UCCCGUCUCACCAACCAUUACCCUGCCGCUUAUAAAGACUUCUUCGGUAUGCCCAGUGGUGCACCUUGCAUCUACAAGACAGGCCCUGCCUGGCCUGAACCUGCGGGUCCGCAAGCGCAGCGCUUCAUCCGUGAGGCGCGCCCUGUCUACAGCCACCCUAUUGCAGACUCCUGGCUCAAGAUUGGUACGGACAUCUACAAGUUCCUCGACUCUCAUAACAUCAAGUGGACCUCAAUCGACCCUGUUGGCUUUGCCAACGCU